AUGCCCCGCCGCGUGACCAGUCUACCGGGCCUGCCAGCGAGUGCUCCAGCGCGCCCGACGAGGUUGGGCAUGGUGGGAUCCAACCCACCCGCGCUUACGCCAGGGGAUCCGGCGAGACGACGUGCGACCUUUUCGUCGCGCCCCGAGGCGUGGAACCGGCGCGUGCCUGAUGUGCCUGCACUGCAUCCGCAUGCGCGCCAGAAGUCGGUCGUCGCAUACCAGGUCGAGGAUCUGAGCCAGGCGUUUGGUCUCUCGCAGGACUCCAAGCCUCUUCCCUCCGCGGCGGACGCGUCGCCGCACCCAGACCUGUUUGCGUCGCAGAAUGAGGUGAUGGACGAGGCGCUGCGUGAGUCCAUUUCCGCCUGGGCGGGCGACUCGCUCACGGAGCAUGCGCUGCAGAGCCCGCUUUUCCCGCGGCGCGAUGCGCUGCCCCUCGGACACGAAAAGCUGUUGUGGGCCUUCGCUCAGGUCAGUGGGACCAUGGAGUUGGAGCGUGCGAUCGUGCGAUCCGCCGACUUUGAUCAGCUGCGCCUGCGCCUCGCGCGCGGCGAAAUGCCCGGCACGCCCGUGUCACCUGCAUCGACUCAAGGCACGCCGCGCACGCUUGGCGGUGGCGAGCUCAGCUACGAUGCUGAAUACGAGGCAGGAUCCAUUGACUUUGAGGCGGGUGCGCGCACGACCGACUUGCGCGCCUCGCACGUCCCGGCGGUCGCUACGAUGGCUGCUCUGCUGUUCCGCACGACCGGUGCGCGCCGUGCGUCGGCCGCGCGGCUCCAGCCAUCCGGCUCAACGUUUUCCGAUAUCCAGACGCGCACGCUGCUCAGCCGCACACUGCCGACCUACUCGACGCCGCCGACCAUGCUGGGCGUCGAUAUCGAGCUGGCGCCAGGAGAGAGCCGCUCGUUUACUCUGUCCCUCCCGCUGCCGGCCGACCUGCCGCCAUCGUUCCAUGGGCAGGCGGUGCACUUUGACUACUACGUGACGAUCGGCACGAACCGCGUCGAUGCGCGUGUGCAGGGCAUGCAGCAGUCGCGCCUCCUGCACAUCCCCAUCCGUGUAUACAACCAUGUAUCGCCAGGGGCGGGCAUCGAUGCCUGCUUUGAUCUGCUCCAGCCGAUCGUGCUGCCCCACUCGGAUGCCACCGUCGAGCAGGUCGGGCGCGCGCGGCCCGAGCACGCCGCUGAGCGCGAGGCGCUGAGCCUGUGGGCCCAGCAGCUCUUGCGCGGAGGAUCCACUGGCGAACGUACGGAUGCAGCGCUGCCACCGACAUGCAUGGACGCCGUGCAAGACCUUGCGCAGCGUGCCGGCAAAGUGACGUACGAUAUCGCCAAGGACGGGCAGGUCGCUGCUGUGCUGACGGUGGCGCGCGCCAAGUACCGCCUGGGCGAUGCGGUGCAUGUGAUUGUGCGCAUGAAUGAGCUACAUGCGAAUGUGCGCGUAGUACGGGUAUGUACGAGAGACUCAUGGCAGGUCGCCGCGGCACUCGAGUCGCACGAAGAGGUCGACGCCUCGCUGGCGCUGCUGCCGCCAGGGCGCACGCAGAAGAUGACUCGGCAGGUUUACGCGACGCACCAUGAAAAUACGCUGGAUACCCGGCAGACCAGCAUGCUGCUGACCAUUCCCAGCGGCGCGACGCCCGAGUUUAUGACGAGUGGUAUCCGGCACCGCUGGUCUCUGCGUGUGUCGUUGCUCACAGAGAGCGCAGAGGACGGCCACCAACGAAGGGAGCCCCCGCCGCAUCUCGUGCAGCAUCCGGACGCGUACAGUGCGUAUCAAACUGUGCGGCGAGGCGCGCCAGCGCUGUGUGGGCGACAGGGAGGAGUGACCACGCGCCUCGAAAUUGUCGAGUGCUCGGUGCCUGUGGUCGUCCUGCCCAGCCGGUCUCAGCGCAAGACUGUGCCCAUAGACUUGUAUGCCUAG